AUGGACACUGGGCGGCGUCACGGCCGAGCUUCUGACGGGGGAGCGAUGCGCCUUUCUUUCACAUUAGUCCUCUACGUCCUGCUGGCGGCUUGCUCCAACCAGGCCGCGCCCGCAGGAAGUGCGGUGCCGCCGCGCGACGAGAGGAAUGCCGUAUUGGGGGAGGCCGGCGUCGAUGUGCCGGCCAGCGGCAAGUUCGUCCUGGUCAAUAUCCCGUCGUUCGAACUGAUCGCCUUCGAGAAUGGCAAUCCAAUCCUGCGCAGCCGUGUCGUCGUCGGGCGGCGUGUCACGCCCACGCCCGAGAUGACGACCGCCAUCGUCGCCGUGAAGUUCAACCCGUCCUGGACGCCCACACCCGAGAUGAUGCGACGGGAGGGUGCCCGCUUCAUGCCGCCGGGACCACGCAACCCCCUGGGCCGGGUGCUCUUCGAACUAGACAACGAUCAACUGAUCUUCAUGCACGACACAAACGACCGAUCGUACUUCGAUAAAGCGAGUCGUGCGUUCAGCCAUGGAUGCAUUCGCGUCGAGAAGGCACGCGAACUCGCCGCGUGGGUCCUGGGAACGGCCCGGCCGGAGAUCGACGAGGCGAUUGCCGCGGGUACCACACGACGGCUGCCUCUGGCCGCUGCGAUCCCUGUACGACUGGCGUACCGGACGCGCUUCCCGGAUGCCUCCGGGCGGCUCGUCGACUAUCCCGACGUGUACGGCCACGGAGCGCUUGCGGAAGCCGGUGGUGAUCGUCACGACCCGGAGAAAUGCUCCGGCGCGCUAUGA